UUUUUGUCGUUUUGCACGUGCAGCUCCGGUUGGUUCUUGCCACGAGCGAUAAUGCAAGAAAAGGGCCAUUUGUUGAGGUUAUAAAAGGAGCACCGGAGGGUAAAAGCCCCGUUUCUUGUUCUGUGAACAUUCGCAACUUCCAUCAUGAAAUUCGGUCUUCAACUCGCAAACUCCCUCUAUCAAGAGUGGAGGUUCUAUUACAUCGACUACGAUGAGCUCAAGCGUCAGUUGAAGACUGGACUUAAAAAUGAUGGUUUUAAUGAGCAAAAGGAGGCCGCGUUCGUUGAGACUUUAGAGCGUGAGUUGGAAAAGGUCGCAGCGUUUCGAAACAUUAAAGGGGAUGAACUUACCCGUCGCGUUCAGCAUUGCGAAGCUGUAGUUGACUCCAUCUUGGCGUCGUCAGAGGAUGCCGACGAAGCGCGGUUCAAUCGCGUGGAGGAGGAGAUCAGCAGGAUUACGAUGGAGGUCACCGAACUCUCAAAGUUCAUUCGGCUCAAUUAUUCCGGUUUUCUAAAGAUCUUGAAGAAACACGACAAACACACUUCAUUCAUGCUGAAACCUACGUUCAUGAUCCGCAUGAACGCCCGUCCAUUCUACAAGCAAAGUUUUGAUAGUCUGAUCCUUAGGCUCUCCAAGCUUUUUGACACUAUUCGUACUGGAGGACAGCGAAGCCAAGAAAACGCCAAUGCAGGCGGAAGUCAGCAAAAUUUUGUUCGACGGACGACAAAGUACUGGGUUCAUCCAGACAAUGUGACGGAAGUCAAGUGCAUCAUUCUGAAGUAUCUUCCCGUCCUCGUAUUUAGCGCCAAAGGCAAAAAGGAACCAGACCCGGCGAUUUCCUCCAUUUACUUUGAUAACGACUCUUUUGACCUUUAUCUUGGACGGCUUGAAAAGACGGAAGGGGCCGAAGCUAUCCGCCUCCGGUGGUAUGGAAACAUGGAUCAAACUGAAAUAUUUGUAGAGAGGAAAACGCAUCGGGAGGAUUGGACUGGAGAGCAGAGUGUUAAAUCACGAUUUCCAAUCAAGGAGAAAUAUGUGAAUGCUUACUUGAAAGGAGAUUUCGAUUAUUCCAAAAUCAUUCAAAAAUUGAGGGACAAGAAAGCAAAAGGCGAGAAAGAACUGGAACAUUUAGAGACACUUGCCCGCGAAGUCCAGGAAAGUGUCCUGAAGAAGCAGCUUCACCCAGUAGUGCGAACGUUUUAUAAUCGCACCGCGUUCCAACUCCCGGGUGAUGCUCGAGUGAGAAUCAGCCUCGACACAGAACUGACCAUGAUUCGAGAAGAUAAUGAAGACCGCCCGAGAUCUGGCGAUAACUGGCGACGCGUAGACGCCGGAACAACUGCUCCGUUUGAUUAUCUUCCGAGUGAGGAUGUGUGUCCUUUUCCGUAUGCAAUCCUCGAGGUGAAGCUGCAAACGCAGCAUGGUGCCGAAGUUCCCAAAUGGGUAGAUGAGCUCGUGAAUAGUCACUUGGUGGAAGAGGUGCCAAAGUUCUCCAAGUUCAUACACGGUGUUGCAACGCUUCUGGAGAACCGGGUUUCGCUCCUCCCCUUCUGGCUUCCGCAGAUGGACAAAGACAUUCGGAAGCCUGUUCCAGCGGACUGGCGGUCCUUAGAAUGGUCCUCAACGGGAUUGCCAUCGUCGAGGGAGAGUUCGAUGGAACGUGGGCGGACGAAUGGCCAUCUACGAAGGACAAAGUCUAACCUGCGGAACGAGUCGGACGCUGACUCAGUGGAGGUUAUUGUGGAACAUCCCUCGGAGGAUGUGGAGGAUUCGGAUGAGAGAACCCCUUUGUUGGGGAUAGGGGGUGGUCAAAACGGAUCAUCAUCGUUCAAUCGCGGCACUCAUCGACAGCGCCCAUUCUCUUGGGCGGGUGGCUUUGGUAACCUGUUUAAGCGGGACUCACCCCAAAGCAGAGGCGCGUCGACCACCACUCCACAAAAGCGCAUCGCCUUACCCGUCCGUGUUGAGCCGAAGGUCUUCUUUGCAAAUGAGCGGACAUUCCUGUCAUGGUUGCAUUUCUGUAUCGUUCUCGGAGGGUUGGCACUCGGUUUGCUCAACUUUGGCGAUCGUGUUGGCCAAAUAUCUGGUUUGAUCUUCACCCUCGUUGCCAUGAUGUUCAUGGUGUAUUCUUUGUUUUUGUACCAAUGGAGAGCGCACAAGAUUCGAAACCGAGAUGCCGGCCCAUACGACGAUCGCGUUGGGCCUACAGUGUUGGUGAUUGUCCUUUUUUUUGCCAUAAUGAUAAACUUCUGGUUGAAGUUCUCCAGCGUAUAAUCAUUGAACAUACAUUCUGCGACACAAUAAUAUAUAUAUAUGCACA